CCGCGAUCGAUAUAAAGGUCCGAGGCCGACGGCGACGGGAGCAUCGUCGACGGUCGAAAGGAUGCUGGCGCGACCGUCGGUGGCGCUUCUCUGGUUUAUGUGGCCCUCCUGCCUGGCCCAGACCCUUCGGCCCAUCGUCAAUUUGCCACAGGGUGCCCUCAGGGGGACGGUCCUUAAGACCUCCAACGGAAGGGACUUUUACGCCUUUCAGGGCAUCCCCUACGCCACGCCUCCCAUCGGAAUAUUUCGAUUCAAGGAACCCAUUCCUCACGCCGGAUGGGGAGGAAUUCUGGACGCCGUUCGAUUCAGGUCGGAAUGUCCUCAGUACGACUUUCGAGGUCAUCGGACGGGAGACGAAGAUUGUCUUUACGUCAACGUCUACACUCCCGCUCUUCCCGUAACGACGAGAAGAUCCGUCACUUAUCCCGUCAUGCUGUGGAUUCACGGACGAAAUUACGAUUCCGGAUCCGGAAACCUGUACGGAGCUGAAAAUCUGAUGGACAAAGGAGUGAUCCUGGUCACUUUUAACUAUAGGAUCGGAGUGUUAGGAUUUUUGAGUACGGGAGAUUUCGAAUCACCCGGUAACUACGGUCUUCUCGACCAGAAACUGGCCAUCGGUUGGGUGUUCAACAAUAUCGCCAAAUUCGGCGGCGACGCCAACGCCGUCACCCUUUUCGGUCAAGGAAGCGGAGCGGCCAGUAUCCUUCUACACUUGCUCUCUCCCUCUCGUCAAGUCGGGAUGUUUCACAGAGUGAUUCUACAGAGCGGAUCUCCUCUCUGCGAUUGGGCCAUUCAGGACGAUCCCGAGAAAUACGCCGUCGCCCUGGCCGAAAAAUUGGGAUGUGACACGCGCAACUCGGCGUACAUUGUCAAGUGCCUGAAGGAACAGUCUACAGAUGCCAUCAUUCACGCCCAACAAGAACUGAAGACAUUUGGCGAUUUUCCGGUGGGAGCUGCUCCCGUUUUAGAUAAAAAUAGUACGUACAGAUUCCUCCCGGAUCAUCCCGAAGUUCUUCUCCAAAUGGGCAAUUUUCAUCCCGUUCCUCUCAUGGCGGGUGUAAAUAGAGACGAAGGAGCCUUUUUCUACCCUCUCAUCUUCUAUAAAUACAAAGAAGAAAUUCGAUCGUCGUCCGAUUUUCUUCAACAGAAGCUUCUUCCUCUUUUCUUGGAGGCAGCUACCAACUUCAGGAGGAACGUCGAAGAAGUAGUUCAAGAGCUGAUGUAUAAUUAUUUUGGAGGGGUGAAUCCCACGAAUUCCACGCAAAUCUUACGGCCGUUUAUCAACAUGUCGACGGACGGAAUGUACGUGUCUUGUAUGGACAAAACUCUUCAACUAUACUCCAGAUUGGAAACUCGAACCUUUAUGUAUUCCUUCCAAUACAAGGGAACAAAUAGUUUCGCCACUCUUAAUCAAGAUGGAAUCUUCGUUCCUCCAGUGGAAACAGGAGUGUCGAACGGAGACGAACUCUUCUAUCUCUUCAACUUGCACCUGGGCGGCAUUCGACCACACUCUCACUUGGACAACUUGAUCACCAACCGAGUGCUGACUCUGUGGACGGAUUUCUGCAAGUUCGGGAAAGCGCCGCAGUUCGUCAACUACGAGUACCCAAAAUGGGAGAACUUCCGACCCGAUAGGAAAGCCUACUACAGGAUAGGACGCAGCCUGACUGUCGAUUUGGACUAUCGAUCGCGAGCCGUCGAUCUGUGGCUUCGGAGGUUGCCAGAAAUCUCUGCAGCCGACAAUCCCACCAGUAGCCCUCACACGCAGUUACCGGGGGUGGAGCCCUUCUAUCGGACUCUGGCUUGGGCCAUGGUUGCCAUUUGCGUGGCCCUCUUGGUGCUGGUGGUGGUGCUGUUGGCCAUUCUCUACAACCAGAAGAAGAGCCAGAGCUUCAAGGCCAACCACGAGAAUCAAUCGGGCAUGUCCGCCUCCACUCUGUAUUGAAGGUGCCUCCGGUCCACCGUCUUCCUGUCGCCCGUCCGUCGUGGCUCCUCAUCUGAGCGGCGACUCGGAAUCGAACCAGAGAAAGACCGGGAGGAUGGACCAAAACGCGUAAUUCGUCAUAGCCCAUCCGCGUGUGCAGGAAAGCGGCGUGUUCUUCAAUCCUGGGCUUGGAUCGGCCCUCUAAUAAGCACGCGCCAAAAUUGCAACAGACAUUUGUAAAUAUU